AUGGCGGAUCCUAACGCACACAUACACCACCACUUGAAUCAACAACAAAGAGUAGCACAACAACAACUUGUAAGUGGACCAGGUGUUCCACAUCUCAUAAUAGAUCCGCAAACUCAAGUUGCUCUUGCUGCUGCUCCCACUCCAAUGCACUCUCAACAUCAAUUCCAACCUCAACAUUAUACCGUACUUGAUAAUUUCUGGCAACAACAAAUACAAGAAAUCAGACAUGGUGUUCACGAUUUCAAGGUUCACCAGCUUCCUUUAGCUAGGAUAAAGAAAGUUAUGAAGACUGAUGAGGAAGUGAAGGUAGAAGAACUUCUGCAUCAUGCGGAAGAAUGCAAGCGAAGAACUUUACAAAGAUCUGAUAUCGCAAACGCAAUAAAAAAAGUUGAUAUGUUUGACUUUUUAAUAGACAUUGUACCAAGAGAAGAGAAGGUUUCGGUCAAAAACGACAAGAUGGAUUACCAAGAACAUCAAAGUCAAUAUGCUUAUGGAUUGGGAAUGCCUCAGAGUGGACAUCAAUUCAAUCCUUCACCUAGUAUGCCCGUUGACCAUAAAAUAAUAGUGGAUCCUAUGGCCGCAUUGCAUGAACAACAGCAACAUUUACAACAUAUGCAAUAUAUGCAACGAUUGGAACCACAGCAUCAACAAGUAUUACAUGAUCAUUCGGAACAUCAACAACACCAACAUCCACCGACUUUGUUACCGCCACUUACCGUUGCAGGUCAACAGGUACCAUCUUAUAGAGCUCAAAAUCGUCCGCCAUAUGCUUCUGUUCCGACCGAUGUGUCCGCAGGACCUUCUGUCAGACAAGUUACAACAGAACAAUCUUACCACCCUCCUUAUUAUCAUCAUCAGCCCUCAAUACAACAUUUUCAAGAAACUCAUCACCGCCAACAACAACAGGCACCUUCGCAGCAUCAAUUACAUCGCCAAUCUGAUCACAAUCCUGUUCAAGUGAAAUACGAAUUCGAAUCAACGGCUGCAAGACCUGUCGAUUGGUUUUCUCAGCCAAGUACGCAGUUAACAAAUAACGGACAUACCCACGGACAGAGUGGAUAUUCUCAAGGGAGUUCUCAUGUCAGUAGUAGUCAUGGGUACGGACAACCGUUAAGUCAAUCUUCCCACGACUAUAAUCAUGAAAGUACCAGUAUGCAUUUAGCGCGUCAUGAUGAAAGUUAUGUUCGAGGUGGUGGUGUGCAACGAAAUUAA